AGAUUGUGAACGCGUUUUUGUUUCCUUAGUCGGCUCAUUCAGCUAACCGAAGGAAACAGGAAACUUCCUCUUUCUCACCGCCACUGAAUCCUCUUUAUAUACAAACCCUUGCCCCUGCUCUUCCCCGCAUCACACACACACAACAUAAACUAUUCAAUUCAGUCUCUUUCGUUAUCAAAUUAUUUCUUCGAUCAAGGUCGUUUUCGAAACUUCACCAACAUGAGCUACUACGAUCAUCAGCAACAGCCUCCAAUUGGUGUUCCUCCCCCUCAAGGGUAUCCAGGAAAGGACGCUUACCCUCCACCAGGGUACCCUGCACAAGGUUACCCUCCACCAGGGUACCCUCCCCAAAGCUAUGCCCCACAGUAUGCUCAACAACCUCCUCCCAGGCAAGAAGUUGGUUUUCUUGAAGGAUGUUUGGCUGCACUCUGCUGCUGUUGCAUGCUUGAUGCUUGCUUUUAAGUUCUGAAAGAGACGUGGAAGGUGGUGACUGAAUCAGAGACAUUCUGUGAAGCGGCAUUCUCAUCAAUAUUGUGUUCUGUUAAUUCAAUAGUAGAACUGAAUAUUAACAUUUGUUUAGGUUUAAAUUCUUGCAGUGUCUAUGAGUCUAUGAAUUCUGUAUUUAAACUGGUUAGUUCAUGGGUUGGUUUCUAACUUUGAAUUUAAGGGACUGGAUUUAUGCUUCUCUGUGCUUGAUCCCGAAUCAUGCAGCGAUUACUAAUUACUGAAGUUAAAUUUUUAUAAAUUGUGAUAAAGCUCUUAUUCAAGAGUUUUCUGUUAA